AUGACAGACGGCAGCUUUUACGGAGAGACCGAAACUCUUAAUCUUACUACUACAACCUCUGACCACUGGGCCAACAUAACAUUUCGUGGCCUGGCUGCGGACGACGGCACAAAACUCUGGGAGAUGCUUUUCCAAAUGACGGCAUGCUUCACACCCUUGCUGUCUUCAUACGGCAAUGAAAGUGUAUACUACAACAUAUCCGCUGAAAGCUUAACCACGAACUUAGAGCCGUCGACUUGGUGGGAGAGAGAAGACCAGUCGUAUGACAUGAGCUUUGUUCAUGCGCAACUCGGCGUUAUGCCGCUUCCCAUCUCGCUGAAAGAGCGCCAAGUGAUGUCUCUCAGCCCAGAGAUCACUCAACCCUCCGCGGCCGGAGUCGGAAUCAUGAACGAGGCUACGGGACUCUUCCACAUGAUAGAAAACUUGCCCGGUCGAGAUAUAGCCUUCUGCUUGUUUUGCAGGGCAGCAGAUUCGAGCGACAUGGGUGUAGACAUAUUCUACACGACUUUGUUCACCCAAGCCAUGAUAUCCCCGGGCUCGCCAGCCAAGGCGCUGCAGGCUGUGCGUUUCGCCAGGGCGCGCGAGGGGUACUAUACUUUGAUGGAAGCGUUUUCCCCAGUUGGAACUGCGAGCGUUACGUUUUUGGAGGCGGCUCCGGUGCCGGUGCGUGGUAGGGGGUAUUGGUCGGUGGUGGGAGUCCUCGGUGUAUUUGUCGCAACUUUCGGCGUCGUCGGCCGGCGCUUCCGCUCCACGCACAACAGCCUCCCGGAGAACGCCUGGCACACCAUCGCUCAGCUGUCAGAGAGCCCCGAGAUCUCCCAGAUACUACGGCGAAGCACGUUGGCGACUGAUGAGGCGGUCGAACAUCUCAUCGACGGGACUCAGCCUCCAUUCGGAUCUGCUGGACAGAUCGGGAGUUUUAAAGCCGCCAGCCGGAAGUUAUGGGAUGAGAUUGUGGCCGUGAUCAAAUCCCGACGUCGAACCGACAAGCCCCGGUUCAUGGUUCGCGAUGGGGUGUUUGUGCGUGCUUCUGGGGCGGAGAAAGAGGCGGACUUGGAGAGUAUGGAGCUGCGUCUUCGUUCGACAACGAUGAACACGAGUUCUCAGGAUUGCUGA